AUGGAUUUAGACGAGAUCCUAAGCAACUUUGGAUUGGGCUCAUAUCAAGUGACCGUCUGCGCUCUGAUGGGGCUCGUGCUCAUGUACUCAAACAUAUCACCGCUUAGUUACGCCAUUACAGCCAGUGACCUUAAAUACAGAUGUGAAAUUCCGGAAUGCGACAUUGAAAACCCGAUUUACGAUCCGGUCUGGUUGAACCGAGUGGUACCUUUCAAAGAAAAGAACAUUCAGCCGUACAAAUGCCUCAAGUACCACUACCGGCAAUCCAAUGGUUCGGACGUCUCUGCCAAUAACACUUGUAAUUUCGAAGCUUUCGACGUCAAUUCGAAAGAGAAGUGCAACAAAUGGGUGUUUGGCGAGACGGAAAGAACCAUAGUAAACGAUUUUGGUAUUAUGUGCGAGGAAAACAAAUGGAAACUCAGCAUGGUGGGAACCAUCAACAGCAUUGGUCAGUUCGUCGGCAUUCCUUUAGCAGGAUUUAUUUCGGACAAGUAUGGACGCAAGUUUAUCUUGAUUAUAGGGUCAGUUUCGUCGGCCAUACUCGGCACUGCCCGGUCCUUCACUACUGAUUACUAUUCAUUCCUCCUAUUCGAACUUUUGGAUUCCAUGGCGUCUAGUGGAGUGUAUGGAGCCACGUUUGUAUUAGGUCUAGAACUAGUCAGUCCGAAAGCCCGGGUUACCGUCAGUACUCUGAUGGGCUGUUUCUAUCCUAUGGGCGCGGUCAUCAUGGGCUUCGCAGCUUAUAUGAUUCUCGACUGGCGGAUAAUGCUUAGGGUACUCUACUUGCCCGGACUUCUCAUAUUAGGAUAUGCUUGGUACGUGCCAGAGUCUAUGCGAUGGCUUCAAACGCAAAACCGAAUCGAAGAGAUGGCCAAGGUUCUGUCAAAAGUUGCCAAAUCCAAUGGAAAAACACUGCCGUCUAGCGUCAAAGAAGCACUGAUCGCCAACACCAAAGCCAAUGCCAACGCAACGAAAGGGGAGGACGAACAUCAAUUGUCCUGUAGUAAAUUAUUGAGCAAAAUAUUUAGUUCAAAGGAGAUUUUCCUGCGGCUGAUCAACUGUUCGUUUUGCUGGACAACGAUUACGUUAGUUUAUUACGGCCUCUCGUUAACUUCUGUGGAGAUCUCCGGUAACAAAUACUUGAACUUUAUGCUUGUAAACAUUGUAGAAGUACCAGCGUUUUUGACAUCGUGGUACUUUAUGGAACGCUUUUCCAGACGAAAUACCCAAGCGUUUUCAUUCCUCUUCAGUGGCAUCGGAUGUAUUAUGGUCAACGUAGUACCUACGGAUUAUUUAUGGAUGAAACUGUUGAUGUUCUUGAGCAGCAAGUACGCCAUCACCAUGGCAUUUAAUACCAUGUACGUGUUCACCGCGGAGAUGUUCCCCACCGAACUACGCAUGUCACUGUUCGGCAUAGCUUCCAUGUUUGGUCGAAUGGGUUCCAUGUUCGCCCCACAAAUGACGCUGUUGAGCGCCUAUUUUGGACAAUACGUGCCGAUCCUGCUGUUCGGAAUCAUAUCGUUCAUGGCCGGGGCGUUAGCUUUCCUGUUCCCCGAGACGAAAGACCAAAAGUUACCCGACACAGUGAAACAAGCCGAAUUCGUCGGAGAUGUCUAA